CACCUCUAUAACUCUCGGGAUGUGCUUAAACAUACGUGGAGUUCAGACAUUAAGGCGGUGAGCCGAUAUUAGCAGCAAUAACCCGUAAUGCAGAAUAGUAUGGACCACCACCGCAACUCGUGGACUUAUUUUUCUUUGACACCGGAAACACGGAGAUGUAUCACGCUUUAAAAUAGCGAUAUGACACGUGUUUACAUUACGGAAGACAGCCAAAACUCGCUCAUCGAUCGACCUGAAGGGAGGCAAUUAGCUAGAAACGUGAUUUGAUUUAUUAGAGACAGACCAACCAAAAUGUCUGGAAAAAUGUCACCAGUACCCGUCCUGCCGUUAGUGAUCAACUGUUUAUUUUCUGUACUGGGCUGUAUGGCCACAUUGAAACUCAUUCCUGCUUUCAAAGACCAUUUCAUCUCAGCCAGAUUGUACGGAAUGGACCUAAACAAAACCUCCAAAAAGGAAGUCCCAGAGUCCCAAGGAGUCAUCAGUGGGACAGUCUUCCUCAUCAUCCUUUUCUGCUUCAUCCCGGUGCCUUUCCUCAGCUGCUUUGUAGGCGAUCAGUGCAUGGGCUUCCCACACGACGAGUUUGUACAGUUGAUUGGUGCACUUCUGGCCAUCUGUUGCAUGAUCUUCCUGGGCUUUGCUGACGACGUGCUGAACCUGCGUUGGAGACACAAGCUCCUGCUUCCCACCAUGGCUUCCUUGCCGCUGCUCAUGGUGUAUUUUACCAACUUCGGCAACACGGUCAUCGUGGUGCCGAAGCCCUUCAGGGCCCUGCUCGGGCUGCAUUUGGACUUGGGUAUUCUUUACUACGUCUACAUGGGGAUGCUUGCAGUUUUCUGCACAAAUGCCAUUAACAUCUUAGCUGGCAUCAAUGGCAUUGAGUCAGGUCAGGCCCUGUUUAUCUCCGGCUCCAUCAUCGUCUUCAACCUGCUGGAGCUCAGUGGAGAUUAUCGCGAGGACCAUAUUUUCUCACUCUACUUUAUGAUACCAUUCUUCUUCACAACAUUAGCACUUUUCUACCACAACUGGUAUCCUUCAUCCGUGUUUGUUGGAGACACUUUCUGCUACUUUGCCGGGAUGACCUUUGCUGUAGUCGGCAUCCUGGGACACUUCAGCAAAACAAUGCUGCUCUUCUUCCUUCCUCAAGUGGUUAACUUUGUCUACUCCUUGCCUCAACUGUUUCAUGUCAUCCCCUGUCCCAGACACCGGCUCCCCAGGCUGAAUCAUGACACAGGCAAACUGGGGAUGAGCUACUCUAAAUUCAAAAGAAAGGACCUCUCUAAAUUAGGAAACCUCAUCAUGAAGGUGGCCGAGUUAUUAAAGCUGCUCGAGGUGCGAAGAGGCCAAGAGGGAGAUGAUGAUUUUAUUGAGUGCAACAACAUGACCUUAAUAAAUCUGGUCCUGAAAUUACUCGGUCCCACUCACGAGAGAGACCUCACAGUCAUCAUGCUCGUCAUACAGGUGAUGGGCAGUGUAGCUGCCUUCGGCAUCCGCUAUCAUCUGGUGCGUCUCUUCUACGACGUCUAGACAGCAGUCUGAGAAAGAGGAGAAACCAUUGACUGAGAAGAUAUGAUGUUUUAUGGGACUAUUUUUACAGACUCAUCGGUCUAUUGAUAGACUCCAUUACCUCACUGUUACUUUUCUGCAUCAGACUCUGCUUGCAGUAUGCACCUAAUGCAAGGUUCAAAGCUAUGUUUCACUUUGUACAACAUUUUCACAUGUGCUCAAACAUAAAACUGCUAGGGGCUGACGUAAAUAGCGGUGUACUUUUCUCCUUAAUUUCAGUAAUUGCGAGAUCGAAAAAGUAACUGAGACUUGGUGAUCUUAUGUGUCCAACCCGAAAGUAUAUUUUUGUACUUGUUUUUUAACGUGGGAAUGACCUUUUGGUUUUCGGGUCGACCAACAUUAGUGGCUGAUGGCACUAACUUGUUUUGAUUUGAUAACAGCUUAAUGGAUGUAGAAGUGCUUUGAGAAAGUGUGAAAAGUUCACCCUGCGGCCCUUUACACGAUUCUGCUGUUUAAGGUGAGAUGGCUUAGUGAAAAUCUGCCCAAGAAAACCUAAUUUAUUGUGAUUAUCAAGCCAUGCAACAUGAGUAAAAUUACUGAAUUAGUUAAUAUACAAUUAUUGUUUGUUGGUUACCUUACAGAAUAAUCAUUGUGAAGGAAAGCAAUGAGAUGAGGCUAUAAUCAAUUUGAAUACCAAGAAUUAGGUGGAGAUGGGUAAAAAGACAUUAAAAGAGUUGUCAACAACGAUACUAAGGCAGAAGAUGGGUGAGAAUGACGAAAAUGAUAAUCAUUCAUACCCUUCUUGGUAUUAUAGCUGUAUUUUUAUCUGGUAUUCAUUUUCCCCCCAAGGUUUCAGCGGAUAUCAAUGUGAAGUAAACUGGCACUGGAAUAUUUUGCUUAGGAAUGUAAAUACGAGUGAGAAACUUUACUGUUGAAAUGGAAGUCUAAAAUAAAGAAAUUAAACCUCAGAAAAUGAAAAUAUAAUGAUUGCCAUCAUUAUUAUUGCUGGUAUUUUAUUUACUGUUUAAGGAACCAGGUGAAGAUGAAUAAAUGUUUUACUACAAGUAAAA